CCUUGAAAGACUCCAUAGUAAUUGCCCUCAAAUAAAAUCGUCAGAAAGAUCACAUUUUGGGUUUGCUUGCAUCAGCAGCUUUACCUCUGUCUCUCUGUAGUCUGUAUAUAUACCCAAGGACAAGUUGCUUAAACAGUGUUUUGCUUUCUCUCUCUUUUCACAUUGGAUUUGCCUUAAAACUCAGUUUGUUGGAUUCUAAAGAGAAAGUUUGAGACUCUCUUGCUUCAUUUACUCAUCUUUCUCAUCAUAACUAAAAUUGGCUAAAACAGCAAGAGACUUUCCCUCUGAAAAAAUGGGGCUGAGAAGACCUGCCAUGAACAGCAGUUUCAACAGAGAGAAUCCAGAUAUUUUGAUUGUGAUCAUUGCAGAUAAGCAGAAGAUAACAAGGGUUGGCAAGGAGGACAAAGUAGAUCAGAGAGAGAGAGAGAGAGAGAAGAGAGAAGGAGAUGGGCCCUCAAAAGCCUGCAACAGAAAUGAGUGGUACUGCAACAAAAGAGUUCAUUUUAUUUGAAAAGUGCAAGGAGAAUGGUCAGAAGAUAGAUACUGCUGGCAACAGCAUCCAAAUUAGCACAUUCUGCCUUUCCCUGAUCUCUGCUGAAACAUAACUGGUCUAUGAUUCAUGAAUCAUGGCAACAUCCCAAUGAUUUAGGGGCUGUUCUCAACGAUUGUUAGUGAUCUUUUUGGUCCUAUAGUGAUGGAGAAUUGCUACGUUCCAAUAGAUAUGGCCAGCAGCAAUGUGUUUGUGGCAUCAAGGGUCCCAUCACAGACAACCCCCAAUUCACUGAUGGAAUUUGGCUCAUUUGAUCAUAACAACCAGAGCCAGGCAUUAUCUGGACACCCGGUGGUCUCAGAUUUGCAAGCUGGGCCUGUCAGCGAUCUCCUCCAUGCAAAUAUUCAAAUGACGGAAAGAAUUGGUGUUUUUGAGUCGGAUGCAUUGCCUGCAUUGCUUGGAAGGAAUGUUUUGGGAGAAGCUUCACGUUGCAGUUCAAAUCCCAUCAGUAACAUUGACUUCCAGCAGCAAUUCAUGAGCGGAACGCCGAUUUCUGGCUCUUCACUUGCUACCCUUUUAGCUGUAAGAAGUGAUGUUCAAGAAAAUCUGAACAACUUGUCAAUUUAUUCUCCUCCAAUGUUUCCUCCGCAAGUGCUAAGAAAUUAUGAUUGCUCUAAUACUUCAAAUCCCACAUUUGACACCCAUGUGUACUAUGGUCAUGGUGAAGCGCAUGACAAGGUUCCUAACACCUCAGUGGUUCCUGAGAAGACCCUGUUAAGACCAGGCUUUGAAUCAUUUUCAUCUAUGGGCAACAUGGAUCUAAUUGGCUGGAUACCUUCAAAUGGUGUAAAUGUGGAUGUAGAUAAUCCCUAUGGCUCAUGUAAAUAUAAUAAUGAGCUUUCUUUGAGUCUUGCCACUUCCCAGCCUUCAGUCAUCAGUGGAAUAAGCAUCACAGAUCAGUGCUCGGAGGUAAGAUGUUCUGAAAUGACACGCGGUUGCUUGGAAGGAACAAGGUUGGGUUCAGAACAGACUUCCUGCUGUGGUAAGGAGCUCUCUCUGAGUUUCAGUUCCAACCGAACCGCUCAGUACUCCCAAGUGAUAUCUGGAUCGAGAUAUCUUUAUGUAAUUCAGGAAAUACUUGCUCAAAUUGUGAGCUAUUCACUAGAAAAUCUAGGUCACAAGAGAUUCUUUACUGGUGGAAUCAGGGCAGGGGAAAAUGCACCACUCUCUUCAAGAUUCUCUUUUGAGGGAGGGAUGCCCUUCAUGGGUUAUGAUGAAUAUCCUGAUGCAAACAGCAUGUUUGAGGUUGAAAUGGAGCCAGCUGCGCGAAGACGAGCAAUGGAAGCAAAGAAAAACCAAUUGCUGACACUACUACAAGUGGUUGAUGAUCAGUACAACCAAUGUUUGGAUGAGAUCCAUACAGUUGUAUCUGCAUUCCAUGCUGCAACUGAACUGGAACCACAAGUGCACGCUCGUUUUGCCCUUCAAACAAUCUCAUCUCUAUAUAAAAGCCUCAGAGAGAGGAUCAGUAACCAAAUCCUUGCAAUGGGAGCGCAUUUUGAUAGUGAAUCCAUGGUAGAAAAAGAAGUAUCUUUUGAAACUUCCUUCUUCCAAAAGCAAUGGGCUCUCCAACAGCUGAAGAGAAAAGAUCAUGAAAUAUGGAGACCACAGAGAGGCUUACCUGAAAGAUCGGUCUCAGUCUUGCGUGCAUGGAUGUUUCAGAACUUUCUUCACCCGUACCCGAAAGAUGCAGAAAAGCAUCUACUAGCAAUGAAGAGCGGAUUGACAAGAAGCCAGGUAUCGAAUUGGUUUAUAAAUGCCCGUGUUCGUCUAUGGAAACCAAUGAUAGAGGAAAUGUAUUCAGAGAUGAACAGAAGAAAGGCACAUCAAAACGGAGCAGCAGAAAGCUACAAUAAGAGAUUACACAUGCUUGGAUUCAACAAUUGAAUGUGAAUUGAAGCUGAGAUGAGAAAGAAAGAACAGCAUUGACAAGCUUGGACCAUUUGUUUACUUUUUAUCACGUAAUAGGGUUGAAAAACACAUCCAAAAUAUGGUUCUAAGUGUACAUAUAAUGCUUAAUUGGGUGGUUAGGGGUGCUAUUCCACUAGCAUUAGUUAUUACAUGUAUUAGGAUGAAUGAAUUAAUGUCUUAUAAAGGUAAAUCAGAAGCUCUACGUAAUGUUUUGC